AUGAAUUCUUUAUUGUUAAAAACGACUGUUCGAUUGUCACGAGUCAACUUAUUUUCGAUUCCUCAGCGAACAUUAUUUGAUAUACAAAAUGUAUGGGGUCGUACGGCUGUUGAUACUCAAAAACCAAUUGAUUCGAGUCCUCUAGCAGAAAUUCCGAUACAAGAUGAAUCUGUUGGCCCUUUAUCCGGUGUACCUAGAGAUAUGUUUAAAGAACGACGUUGUCGAAUAUUUGUAUCUGCUCGUAAUGCAAUGCAAUCAGGAACAAAUAAUCAGAAAAAAUGGAAAGUUGAAUGGGACACAAAAGAACGUUGGGAAAAUCCAUUAAUGGGUUGGGCAUCAUCUGAUCCUCAUUCAUCAGUUAUAGUUGAAUUUGGUAGUAAAGAAGAUGCAAUCAUCUAUUGUGAACGAAUGGGUUCGUUAUAA